AUGUUCCAAACCCUUACCGCAGAAGGUAUUGAUGUUGAACGCAUGGAAACAUAUGAAGUAGAGGACUUUACAAAGUGGAUACUGAUGAGAAAGAAAUAUGGCACUAGUAAGAUGCACGUACAACGGGUUCAACAAAGGCUCAUACAUUCCGCUGCUAAAGGACAGUCACCAAUUUGGGGUGUCAUACUCAGGUUACAGAAUAAAAUACAACCUGGAAAAUAUGGAAUAAUUAACCGCCAUAUCCGCAGGACACUUGCUAAUGGCACUAAUAAAAGUGAUGAGUAUAAACAUGGAAUUGAUAUACAUGAUGAAUUUUUGAACAAAUGUAAUGAAAAUAUAACAGAAAACUCAACACAGAAACACUAUACUUCCCUAAGGUCAGAAAAAACAACUAAUAAGUCUAGAUUUAACCAAGGGGAAAUACAUGAAGCUGAUAUGUAUUCCGCUAAACCUGUAUGGCAGCAACUGAAUGAGCUUGAAAAUAAAUGGAAUAUGAAUUUCAGAAAAAAAGGACGCAUAGAAUCACAACGGGCUAUUUCAAAAGCUAAAAAAUGCAUAGAAUCACUUGAUGCUAUCGAAGCAAACCAAUCUAAACUCGUAAACCUUGAUAGCUUUAGACAGGUUCUAACGGGCAACAGUAACACAGAAAUAGGAAAUAACAACCAAAAUAUGGAUAACAUACCAAAUGAAAAUACAACACUGCCUGUGCAUAAAGGCGAUGGUCACAAAAAUGUCCCUGUGCAUAUUGGUAAAGGAUCACAAACAAAGCAACAAACAUCGGCACGAUGGAUGGUAAAAGAUAAAGCAUCCACACCAUCAGCGGAGUAUCUAGUCAACGACCUACACCUACCAGGAGAUGCAUAUUAUGAGGCAGUAUCACUUGACACUGAUGUGGCGAACCAUAACACAAUUAAUAGAGAAGAACUUAAACUUUUACCUGAUGAUGAUAAAAUGCGUGAAAAAGUGGCACCAUCCCUACUCAUGGGACGGUUACUCAAUAAUUCGGAACAGGCAGUUUUGAAAGGCAUAUUAUCAAAUCAACCCGAAGGCGUUAUCGAUGCGGCAUCACCAGCCGCCGUCAUACAAGCAGAAACUAAAUUAGAACCGGAAACAUGGUUGAAUAUGAACCCUGCACAUAUAGUAAUACAACAAGCUAUAUUAAAGUGCCGUUCAUCUUCACAAGUAAUACUGGCAAUCAAUGAUAAAAUAGAACAGAUGAACGCUGUCAAUGCAUCAACCGCCUUACACAGACUCGCAAGACAUACAAACUCAUACUCCAGGUAUACAUUGACAAGUAAUGAAACGUUUUCAAGAUUGCUUGGAGCAAUAGAGAGGAACAUGGCUGACCUGGAUUCUCAGGGAUUAACAAAUGUAUUAUGGUCAUUGGUACGAUUACGUGUACAACCAAGGUGGAUAGACCUACUACUCGCUAAUAUACAAUCACAUGUUUCAGAUUUGACGCCCAGCGAAAUUGCUAGCAGCCUUUUUGCACUAUCAAAACUCACUGUCAAAAGUUCAGUCAGUGUGGACCUGCGUGAUACACUCAUUGGCCUAGCUCAGGAGAAGGUCCAACUGUUUAAACGACCACUGGAUAUCACAUGUAUCGCCACAGCACUUGCAAGGUUAAAUGUAAGAAACCCGGUAAUGUUCGGACGCAUCAGCAGCGCAGUCUUAACAUCAAUCGAUGAGUUUAACCUGCAGCAGCUAUGUGGGAUCGCAUGGGCAUUCGCAUCGUUGGGGUUCACUGAUCGAGCUUUAUUCGCCCGUAUUAGACGCGUGAUAGAGGAAAAUGCAAAUGCAACCAGUAUGCGGGAUGUUGUACAUCUCGCUUGGGCAUUGUCAAAAGUAAGAGAAGCUGAUAGUGAACUAUUUCUAUGCACAAUUUCGCCACUAGUACGCUCACACGUAGCACAUUUAACCUGUCGUGAUAUAUCAACAGUGGCAUGGGCGUUCGUAAAUGCAGAUAUUGAGGAUCCAGACCUUUUUGAAGAUCUCGCGGCGGCGCUACAACAUCAUGUUGAUGAAAUGAGUACCCAUGAUCUAGCUGCUGCGGUAGCUGCGUUCGCGCAUAUGGAAGAGUCACACAAGCCACUUUUCAAAAAGAUGAGGAACAGGGCCUAUCUGUUGGCUAACGAGUUCACACCGUUGCAACUCGCAAAAGUAGUAAGAGGGUUCGCAUACGUUGCCGAUGAACGGUUCUACACCCAAUUGUGCAAAGCUAUAGAGGCAAAGGUACACCUUAUGAUGCCUGAAAAUGUUGUGGAAAUCCUAAUGGGAUUAACAGAAGCAGGGACGGUACCAGUACAGUUACUCAAGAAACUAUUGACAGUAGUCGCAACCGGAGCUCACAAAAUGUACGCUGAAGAUUGCCUGUUGCUACUACAAAUGACAAUCCGGAUACGCAAGGAAUGUGAAGAUAGAAGUAUUCUACCCACACUCGAUAAACUAGCCUACGCACUAGUGGAACAGAUAGAAAAAAGAGUAGGUAGAUGGAGGUGUUAUAGCCUCUCGAAUAUGACCACUCUAUUCCAAUGCCUUAGUGAUAUGGGAAUUGGUGGCUCCAAAGGUGACUCAACAGUACGCAUACUCUCACGGAACCUCACAUCAUGUCUAAAUAGACUAUCAUCAGCAAAGCUACCUUCGGAAGAACGCAAUAUUAUAUUUGCCGAGUUCAUCAAUGCUACAGCUAAACUACCUCCACGAAAGUUAGCAAUGCUGGUAACUGAGCUCUCCAAGAGUCCUGAGUUUAUGACUGCUAUGCAUAACUGCGUAGCUGCGCUACGCAACGGCAGUUUCCUGCAGGAGGGCACACAUAUAUCACUCGUGGAUGCCGCAUAUUCAUUAGUACGUAUAGGGUACCUUGAUGAUGCAGUUUUGGCACUCUGUGACGAUAUUGUAACGGCAUAUUCGGAGUCAAACAUAGAUUUCAACGACGAACAUGCACUAGACCAGAUAUCCAAAGCAAUAUGGCUGAUGACGGAAUCAAAUCAACAUUUACCAUGGGUAAGAGGUAGACUUAGUGCAGCGUGCGAUGCACAGCCACCAUCUAAACCGAGCGAAGCUUUGAUAAGACUCAUGUGGGCAUGUGUAGUCUUGGGAGAAGAUAGUCUACUCAUGAUCAUGUUACCGAGGUUCGUAACCUUAUUCGACAGUCUGGCGGAGGAUAUGCUUUCUGCACAACAAAUCGCAUUACACGUCCUUAAUUGUCUACCAGUAAGCGUGGAGGGCCAAGAAAACAAUACAACCGAAUUAACUACCCAUUCCAUGGAUACUGAACGCUACAAGAUACCAACAGAGGUACACUCCACACUGGUAGAUUGGUUGGAAUACCAACGUGAUGACCUGUAUACGCUUACACCAGGGUCACGGAAAAAAAGAGCACUCGAGUUGGAUUAUGAUGCACUGCUUUCAGAAAGCUUGAUUGCAAUGAAAAUACCACACAAGACGGUACAUACAGUGGCAAAUGUAUAUCGUGUAAGCGUAUCAUUCCCGGUGGAGAAUCACGUUCUAGAUGUUCUCAACUUCACAGAUUGUUUCGUCCCACAUGGACAGCCACGCUCUCGAGCACUUUUACGACAACGACAGCUCAAAUUAUUGGGGUAUGGAGUCGCAUCGAUACCACUGGGACGAAUCUACGCAGCAAAACGAAAUGGCUCGUGUAAACAACUUGUGGCGGAAGCGAUAUCUGGCUUCUGUGACGCCGCUAUGGACUAUCUACCACCGACUUCAAACUGA